AUUUAUGUAUUUUUAUUGUUGUAUUUCAGCGUCGAAAAAGGGGACGAAAUUUGGCUCUGUGUCGAUUUUCUAUCUGGCACUACUUUUUAGUACUCUGUGGCUGUCAGUGUCAAUUUGUGCGUGCUGCUUUUUCCUCCUAAUUUCCGUAACAAAGUUAUUUUUCCUUUUUCUGUAGAAUUUUUCACAAACUCAGCAAUUUAAUCGAUACAAUCAACAGCCAAGAUGUCAAAGAAACGGAUAGAAGUGAUGGAUCCCUUCAUAAAGAAGCGAAGGCUCGAGAAGGGAAUCGACGCGGAGGCGGGCACGAGCACUGCCAGCGCGCUACCAGCUGCCGCCCAAGUGGCUCAGAAUAUCAUCUCGACGAGUCGGAGCAACAACAUCAACCCCUUCACGGGUGGGCCGUACUCCCCGCGGUACCAUUCGCUAUACCGCAAGCGAAUCACGCUGCCCGUGUUUGAGUAUCGGGCGGAUUUUAUGAGGCUCUUGGCAGAGCACCAGACGAUUGUACUCGUGGGAGAAACUGGUUCUGGGAAAACUACCCAGAUUCCCCAGUGGUGCGUGGAGUAUGCACGAUCCUUAGGCACCAAGGGUGUUUCGUGUACGCAACCACGACGAGUGGCUGCGAUGUCGGUGGCGCAGCGUGUGUCGGAAGAGAUGGACGUGGUUCUGGGCCAGGAAGUGGGCUACAGCAUUCGUUUCGAGGACUGCUCCUCGCCCAGGACCAUUCUCAAGUACAUGACGGACGGUAUGCUGUUGAGGGAGGGCAUGAGUGAUCCCAUGCUGGAAACUUAUCAAGUGAUUCUGCUCGAUGAGGCUCACGAGCGAACACUGGCCACGGACAUCCUCAUGGGUGUUCUCAAGGAAGUCAUCAGGCAGCGUUCUGACCUCAAGCUGGUGGUGAUGUCUGCCACUCUGGAUGCCGGCAAGUUCCAGCAGUAUUUCGACAAUGCACCACUCAUGAAUGUGCCUGGCAGAACGCAUCCUGUGGAGAUUUUCUACACGCCGGAGCCAGAGAGAGACUAUCUGGAGGCGGCAAUUCGCACGGUAAUCCAGAUUCACAUGUGCGAGGAGAUUGAGGGCGACAUCCUGAUGUUCCUCACGGGUCAGGAGGAGAUUGAGGAGGCGUGCAAGCGUAUCAAACGUGAGGUGGACAACUUGGGACCAGAAGUGGGCGAACUAAAAUGCAUUCCAUUGUACUCAACGCUGCCGCCCAACUUGCAGCAGAGGAUUUUCGAGGCGGCGCCACCUAAGAAAGCGAACGGUGCCGUGGGAAGAAAAGUCGUGGUCUCCACAAAUAUUGCUGAGACUUCACUGACAAUCGAUGGAGUUGUGUUCGUGAUUGAUCCGGGAUUUGCCAAGCAGAAGGUGUACAAUCCGAGAAUUCGCGUGGAGAGUCUCCUCGUGUCGCCCAUCAGUAAGGCUUCGGCCCAGCAGAGAGCCGGACGUGCCGGUCGAACGCGUCCUGGAAAGUGCUUCCGACUGUACACGGAGAAAGCCUACAAGAAUGAGAUGCAAGAGAACACAUAUCCUGAGAUAUUGCGAUCCAAUCUAGGAACUGUUGUACUUCAGCUGAAGAAGUUGGGCAUCGACGAUCUCGUGCACUUUGAUUUUAUGGACCCACCGGCUCCGGAGACGCUGAUGCGCGCCUUGGAGCUACUCAACUAUCUGGCGGCGUUGGAUGACGACGGGAAUCUGACGGAUUUGGGUGCUGUGAUGGCGGAAUUCCCACUGGAUCCUCAACUGGCGAAGAUGCUGAUUGCCAGCUGCAAUCACAAUUGCUCCAAUGAAAUCCUCUCGAUAACGGCAAUGUUGUCUGUCCCGCAGUGCUUCGUGCGUCCCAAUGAAGCUAAGAGGGCGGCCGACGAGGCAAAGAUGCGCUUUGCACACAUCGACGGAGAUCACUUGACGCUCCUCAACGUCUACCAUGCCUUCAAACAGAGUAAUGAAGAUCCGACGUGGUGUUAUGAGAACUUUAUCAACUAUCGAUCACUGAAAUCGGCCGAUAAUGUUCGCCAGCAGCUGUCCAGGAUCAUGGACAGAUUCAAUCUCAAGCGAACAAGUACAGACUUCACGUCGAAGAACUACUACGUGAACAUAAGGAAAGCACUCGUGCAGGGUUUCUUCAUGCAAGUUGCUCACUUGGAGCGCACUGGUCACUACUUGACGAUAAAGGACAAUCAAAUGGUGCAGCUUCAUCCGUCGACUUGUCUGGACCACAAACCCGACUGGGUGAUCUACAAUGAAUUUGUCCUGACCACGAAGAACUACAUAAGGACCGUGACGGAUGUGAAGCCUGACUGGCUUCUGAGGAUCGCUCCACAGUACUAUGAUAUGAACAACUUCCCACAAUGCGAAGCCAAACGUCAGCUAGAGGUGAUCCAAUCGCGGAUAGUGGACACGACAUAAUUACGAGAAUCCUAUUGAUAAAUGUUACUAUAAAAUAAGUAAAGUAAUUUAGCUUGAUAACUUUGCAAAAAGCUAUAAUGCAACACAAAGAAGUUUCAAAAAGUUGUGAACCUGCAGAUAGAUAUCUCUGAAGACUUUAACCCUCUCAAAAUGAUAAUGUACUCCACAAUAAUGCUAAAUAUUGCAACAUUUUCGCUCCCUGAAUCAACCAAUUCAUCCCUUCCGUUCUGCAUUCAAGCAUUGAAGAUUGUGUGAAAUUUUGUCUGAAUUCAUUUUAGAUGGAAGAAUAAAAUUGAUUAUUUGACAAUA